UAAUAUGACACACGAGAAAAGAAACUAAAAAAAAACGGUCAGUGUGUCAUUAGAGUUGUGUUUAUUGAUGUUAGAAGAGUAGUUUCGAUUUUUCAUACUGAAUUAAUGUUUAAUGUAAAGUUCAAAUAAUAGUUAUGUAAAGUUUAAUGUUCUGUUGACUCGAUGGGCCCCACAAAAAUCUGAUUUCUAAUCGCACCGCCGUUCGAUAAGUAAGUGUUGGUUAAGUUGACUAAAACCUGAUGAAUAUUACCCAAAAUCAACAAGAAAUCGGAUAAAUCUGUGGGUGAUUUUUGUACGAUAAACACCUUAACAACUAAUUCGAGGAUUGUCGGUAACCAGAAAUGCCAAUUAGAAGAAGAGCGAACCCAUCAAUAGUCCAACUGGUUUGGAAUUGUAUCAAAAAUCAAACUGAACAGCAAGAGUUAGUGGACUUUUCAAAAAUAACUCAUUACCUUGAAUCAGAGUUGAGAUGUACUCAAGAAGCAGCAGAAAACCACGUUUUAGACCUCGUUUUAGACGGUUUAAUUUUAGAAAACACAAGGGUUCAUCAUGCAGAUGGAAAAUCAACUUCAAUUCAGGGUUAUAAAAUACCUUAUGGACAAACAGUUUCCAAUGAAAAUAAAGAUUGGUAUUGUAUAGAGUGUCAUUUAGCUGGUUUUGUUGAAGAAUGUUUAAAAUGCCAUAGGGUUUUUCACCCCGAUUGUUUAAUUAAAAAGCCGCCUGUUGUAGUCGCCCUAAAGUUCCUUAAUGACACAUCCACUCCACCGAUUCUCAAAGAUAUCUCUUUAACUGAUCCGGUAAGUGUUUUUAAAGAAAAUGGAAGUAUUUCCGACCCUGUUCCUCUUGAAUUAAUAAAGAACGACGUCGAUAAUAACCGCAACGAUGAAAAAACGAGUUCAUACUUAAAUUUAGACAACAAUGUUAAUGGAAACUUAGAAACGUUAUGUUCCAUUUGUAAAAUUAAAAAGGAAGAAGAUCUUUGUCCGUUAGAUAAAAAAGAUUUAAAUUAUCUUUUUGGGUUUAUUUUAGAUAGGAUUAAGUCGUGGCUCCCUGUUAAUUUAACUCACAAAAUGGAUCCAGAACAACAACAAGAAUUAUGUCCAAGCCAACAACUCGAGUGGAGAUCAAAACAACUUUGGUUUGCACCUAUAUCAAUGGCCGAUUUACAAAAAAAAGUUAAUAAUAGAGAAUAUAGUAGCAUAAGUGAAUUUCAAGCUGAUGUUCUAAUGAUAAGACAUAAUAUAGCGAUUUUUCAUGGGUUGGAGUCCCAGGAAUAUGGAGCAGCUGAAUUAAUGUUAAGAGAUUGUUGUCAUGAAUUAUCUGAAUUAUGCGUUUGUUCGGAUUGUUAUCGUCACAGCAACGAAAAAUUACAUACAAGUUGGUUUUGUUUUCCUUGUAAAAAUCCUCACAGAUUAGUUUGGGCCAAACAAAAAGGUUACCCACAUUGGCCAGCUAAAAUCAUUCGCGAAACUGAUACGCUUUAUGACGUUAGAUUUUUCGGCGGAAAAUAUGAACGAUCGAUUUUAUCAAAAAAUAGCGUUAAACCGAUCGAUACCCCGAUGGAUAAGUUGCAAAUUAAACACAAUGCGGGGUUUAAAAAGGCGCUGGAUGAGUUACAUUUACAUCAAAGUUUAUUAGCAGAUGAGUCUGCUAUUGAAAAAUUGUUGGUGGAGGGGAAAUGGGCAAAAGAAAAAAAGAAAAGGAGGAGUAAUGGAUCUCCUAAAACGGAAAGGAAGAGUUUGGCACCCAAAAAACCUUUGAUACAGAUUAAAAGUGAUAUUUAUGAGUUUCCUGAUGGAAGUGACGGCGUAAUAGAACCUCCACCACAAUUUAAAAGGAAAUCAAAUGCAAAUAAAAUCAUUAAAAAAUCGAAAAAACCAGACAUAAAUGAAGUUGUUUGCGUUCGAGACGAAGAUGAUCAUUUAACUUCUUCAUCAUUUCCAAGUACUGAAACCAGAGUUGAUCAAGUAACAAGUUCUACAGAAUGCAUACCAAGUGACGAUCAUUCAGAGCGCCAAAUGCAUGAAUUAGAUAAACCCUACAGUGAUGUAUUAGAAAAAAUGAGACGAAAAUUAGAAGCAGCUAAAGACAAAAACGACUUAAUUUUAACCGCAAUGAACUCAACAAGGGAAGAAAUCGAUAGGAUUGAAGCUGAACAUGCGGAACAAAUUCGAAAAUUAACGUUGGAACAUGAAGCGCAAAUUUCAGAAACCAAAAGAAAACAAUGGUGCUAUAAUUGUCAACAAGAUGCAAUUUAUCAUUGUUGUUGGAAUACCGCAUAUUGUUCACCGGCGUGUCAACAGCAUCAUUGGCAAGCAGAGCACAAGAAAGUUUGUAGACGUAAGCGAUAAAAUAUUUUGUAACAUAUAAGUUUAUGUUAAAGUAGUUAAAAUCAGCUAAGAAAAAAAUGGAUAAAUCACUUUUUUUGUAAUACCUACGUAGAUCUCUUUAAUUUUGUCGUUUAACGUUAACUAAUACAGUUUUGAUUUAUAUUUUCGUUUUUUUUUGUGUUUUGAUGUAUUAAGGAUGUGAAUAAAUUUAAAUUGAUAUAAGUGAUUUGAAUGGAGAAUUAAAGAUGAUUUUUUUAUAUUAAA